AUGAAAUCUUCAUCACUCACUUCUGGCACACCAAACAAUUUCUCAUUUCCCUAUGAAAAACCCUAUGAUAUUCAACUCCAAUACAUGGAACAAUUAUUCAAUACAAUACAAGAUGAAAAAAUUGGUAUUUUCGAAUCUCCAACAGGAAGUGGAAAAUCACUUUCUCUCAUUUGUGGAGCUCUUUCUUGGCUCAUGUCCUAUUAUGCACAACGUGAUGGUACCAUACGAAUCGAGGAUCAUGAUAGAAUUGGAUCAUCAUCAUCAGCACUCAAACGAAAAAACAAAGAAAAUGAUUCUUCUUCCGAUGAAGAGCCAGCUUGGGUCAUUGAACAAACAAUGAAAAGAAAAAAAGAAGAAGAAGAAACUGCAAGAAGAGAGCAAUUGGAAAAGAGUAAAAAGAAUGUGAAAAAGUAUGAUGACCGACGAAAGCAAUUUUUAGAAUCUAUUUUGAAAGUUGAGAACACACACGAGGAUGACAAUGAUCUCCUCCUGAAUGAAGUGGAUGAUUGUAUUUUCAAUAAGAUUGGUAUCAAUAAUAAUUUAUUAAAGGAUUUGUAUGACGAAGAUAGUGAUGACGAUGAUCAUGAUCGACCAAUUUUUUCAUCAGGAUACAGCACUCGAAUGGAUAAUGAAGAUCGGUUUGAAACUCCAAAGAUUUUAUAUUGCACACGAACACACUCUCAAAUCAAUCAAUUCAUUCAAGAAUUAAGAAAAACAGAAUUUUCAAAGAAGGUAAAGGUAUCCAAUUUGGCAUCUCGUCAAGUACUUUGUAUCAAUGAGCAUGUGCUCUAUAGAAGUACUAAAAAUGGAAAAGUUCAGAAUAGCCUCAAUCGAAUGAAUGAGCAAUGUCAAUAUUUAAGAGAUAAGAAGUUAUGUGAAUAUGACAAUGAUCCUUCCUUAUUUAAAGACUAUAUGGUUCUAAAAGUUCAUGACAUUGAAGAAUUAUUAGAUCUUGGAAAAAAGUUAAAGAUUUGUUCGUACUAUGGAACUAGAAAAGCCAUGCAUUCUGCUGAAUUGGUAUGCAUGCCCUAUAACUCUCUAGUACAUGAACAAACAAGAAAAUCUCUCGGCGUCACCUCUCUCAAAGACUGUGUCGUUAUUAUUGAUGAGGCACAUAAUUUGGUUUCUGCUAUUCAUCAAAUGCAUUCCAAUGAGAUUGAUAUUCAUCAAUUAACUAUGGUACAUGAUACAUUACUCAAUUAUUUCAACAAAUUUAAGAAUAGACUCUCUACUACGAAUCAAACAAAUAUUAAGAGAUUGUUAAAUAUUAUUCAAGGAUUAAUGACAUUUCUAACUACAGAAAAUAUAUCAGACUCCAAUAAGGUAGAAAAUGGAUUUAUUAUCUCCAUCACUGAUUUACUCUUUAAAACCAAAAUGGACAAUAUUAACUUGUUUCAAGUUGCAGAAUUUAUUGAAAAAUCAGACUUGACUAAAAAAUUGAACAUGUUUAUGGAGAGACAAGAGGAACACAAUCAUGAUUUGGUAAUUAUUCACAAUAACAAUACUGUGAAACGUGCUCAUCAUACUGCUAACUAUAUUCACUAUUCCAAUAGUACGACGAAUAAUGGUAACCACAAAAUUGAUCUUUCCAACACUCCAACGACAAGUAAUAAUGCGAUCAAUAACGUUGUCUCCAUGUUGUUAGCUCUCAUGAAUGUGGAUAAGGAUGGUAAACUUUUUAUCAAACCCAAUUCACAUAUCAAAUUCUUACUUUUGAAUCCAAGUGUUUACUUUCAAUCGAUUGUGAAAGAAGCUCGAUCGAUUAUUUUGACUGGUGGUACUAUGGAACCCAUUCAUGCUUUGAUUCAACAAGUAUUUCCAAACAUACCUUCUUCUAAAAUUCAUAUUUAUCAAUGUGAAAAACAUAUUGUACCUCCAAAUCAUUUUCUACCCAUUGUACUAACGAAAGGGGUUGGAGACAUUGAAUUUGAUUUUAGAUUUCAGAAUAGACAAAAUAAUCAGGAUUUAAUCAAAUCUCUUGGACGUACAAUUGUUAAUAUGUGUAAUAUUGUACCAGAUGGUAUUGUUUUAUUCUUUCCAUCUUAUCAAUUUGAAAAGACUGUUUUUCAAUAUUGGAAAUCCAAUGGUAUUAUUGAUUCUAUUGAAAAGAAGAAGAAAUUUCUUCGUGAAGCUUCUGCCAAUGAAGAUCCUAACAUGACCUUGGAUAGAAUUUUACAAGAAUAUAAGAAAAUUAUUGAUCAUAAUUUUGGAACAAGCAACAGCCCUAUUACUUCUGCAAUGGGAGGAAGCUCAAAUACUCUUCAACGCUAUAAUGGAAGUGUCUUGUCAUGUGUAGUUGGAGGUAAACUUUCAGAAGGAAUUAACUUUAGUGAUGGAUAUGGAAGAUUGGUAGUAGUGAUUGGAUUACCUUAUCCCAAUCCAAAUGAUAUUGAGCUCAUUGAACAACAAAAGUUUUUUGAACAACAUACCCAACAAUGCAAUAAGAAUGAAUAUUUAGAUAAUAUUUGUAUGAACGGUGUCAAUCAAUCGAUUGGAAGAGCCAUCAGACAUGGAAAAGAUUAUGCAACUGUGUUACUCCUUGAUAAGAGGUAUCAACAGCAGAGGCUCAUUAACAAACUUUCGAAAUGGAUACGAAAAGAUAUUGUGACUUUUCACAGUGUAGGAAAUGCAAUGGAGGCUGUAGGCAAAUUUUACAACAAUAAGCGAGCCAAUCAAUUAGAGAUUGAAAAGGAACGCAAAGAAAAAUGGAACAAAUCGAUCACACCUUCCACAAGUUCAUUACCGUCCAAAACAUUAGCAAGCUUUAGCAAGAGAUGA